GUGGACGAGUCCGAAUUGCUCUUCCGCACAAGCUGUAACCUCUGAAGAGGGGGAAGACGUAGAAUUAAUGUUUAGCUCGUCAAGAAAACACUUACAAAGACUGGUAUUGAUUCCCAACUAGAUAUUGUCAAACAUGGCGUGGGCCCUUUUUCUUCUAAAGGGAAGAUGUGUCCCAUCCAAGAGGCCUUCAAUUCAUCUAUGCCGAUCUUGCAUCCAACAACUGUCCUCUACCACCAGGGAGCAGGACUGCCCUCCGUCCGCUCAGAAACUUCCUUCAGUAAGAAUUGGAUGUGCAUCUGGAUUCUGGGGAGACACAGCAGCCUCAGUUCCACAGCUUCUUUAUGGUGGUAAAUUGGAUUUCUUGGUGUUUGACUACCUUUCCGAAAUCACAAUGUCUCUACUGACAGCUGCAAAAGCCAAAUCACCUAAUUUGGGAUAUGCACCAGACUUUGUUUACAGUGCGAUGGCACCUUAUAUUAAAGACAUACAUAAAGCAGGUGUCCGUGUUGUAAGUAACGCAGGGGGAACUAAUCCAAUGGCCUGUGCUGCUGCACUGCACGAUGUAGUGAAAAAAGCCAAACUGGAUUUGAAGAUAGCAGUUGUUACUGGUGAUGAUUUAAUAAAACAGAGUGAUGCUUUGAAAAAUGCUGGCACUGUAGAUAUGGAGCUUGGGAAACCAUUUCCAGAGAAAAUUCACAGCAUGAAUGCUUACCUAGGGGCAAGACCAAUUAGCAGAGCAUUGGAUCUCGGGGCAGACAUUGUUGUGACAGGAAGAUGUGUGGACAGUAGUAUUGUGUUGGGACCACUUAUACAUUCUUUUGGAUGGAAGAGAAAUGAGUUUGACUUGCUUGCUUCUGGCAGUCUUGCUGGCCAUUUAAUAGAAUGUGGUGCUCAGUGCACUGGUGGGAUAUUCACAGACUGGCAUAUGGUACCAGACUGGCACAACAUUGGUUUCCCAAUAGUGCAAUGUACCGCUGAUGGGAAUUUCUCCAUAUCCAAACCACCGCAAACGGGAGGACUAAUAUCUUUUGGCACAGUUGCCGAACAAUUAGUCUAUGAAAUUGGAGAUCCCAAAAAUUACCAUCUUCCUGAUGUAUCCUGUGAUUUUUCCCAUGUUUCUAUUUCUGAAAUUCAAGAUGCCGAGGGAGGAUUGGUCAGUGUACAGGGUGCAAAAGGACAAGCCCCUUCUUCAUCUUAUAAGGUGUGUGCCACCUAUCUUGAUGGAUUCAGAGCCACUGCUGUCUGUCCAGUGGGAGGACCAAAUGCUGUAGAAAAAGGAAGGCGUACAGCUGAAAGCAUCCUGAGAAGAACUCGAGAUAUGUUCACACAUCUUGGCUAUGACGAUUUUAGUGCAGUCAAUGUUCAAAUAAUCGGGGCAGAAGAUACAUAUGGACCACAUGCUAAAGACAAACUUGCUCGAGAAGCUGUCAUUUGGCUUGCCGUGCAUCACAGGGAGAAAAAGGCAUUGGAGAUAUUUGCACGAGAGAUAGCACCUGCUGGCACAGGAAUGGCUCCCGGUCUCACAGCAAUUGUCGGUGGACGUCCCAGAGUAUCUCCAGUUCUGAAGCCUUUUUUCUUUCUCUAUCCUAAGAAAAAUGUUAAGAUUGAUAUCUACAUGAAUGAGGCGCACAUAGAGCAGUUUGUGGAUGAUCACUCUUUUACUGUGGAUGAAAGUGUAGAUUCUACCCCUCCUGUAGAUGAAGUCCCCAAAGAUCUGCCAAGUGGUUCUUAUGUCUAUCGCUUAGAAGAAUUGGCUUACACUAGAAGUGGAGAUAAAGGAAAUAAUGCAAACAUAGGGGUCGUUGCACGUCAUCCCCUUUAUUACCCUUAUCUAAAAAGAGCACUUACUGCACAAGUCGUAGAGGAGUAUUUUCAGCAUACUUUAGAAAAAGAGAACAUUGAUGAACAGUUAGUCACUAGAUAUGAGCUGCCUGGAAUAUAUGCUUUAAACUUUGUUUUAAAGAAUUCGUUGGGAGGUGGAGGCAUUGCAUCACUGAGAAGCGAUCCACAGGGAAAGGCAUUUGGGCAGAUGUUACUGGACCUGGAAAUCAAAAAUGUCCCUGAUCUGAAAUCAUUAAUAGAAUAAGAUAUGCUUCUAUUUUCGAUUGCUGCACAAUCUGAAAAUAUUGGUGUAAAAAGGUUUACUGGAGUACACAUUUCCAUGACAUAUUACCACUAUAGUACAAUUAUAGCAUUUACAGAUGGAAAUGCAUUACUUUUUUCACAGCAAUGUAAGAGGUGAUUUA